AUGGUCCGGGGAGCACUGAUCGGUCUCAUUCACCACCAGUCUCUUCAUUUGACACAUGAAAAGUCGCAAGGCUCGUCCGCAUUGACAUUGAUUACUUCCGAUAUCGAUAGUAUCGAGUCUGUUGGUGAAACAUUUCACGAGACUUGGGCCCGGCUUGUGGAGGUUGUCACUGGGACGGCGCUGCUGGCCUCUCAUAUCCAAUGGUUUGCAUUCCUACCAUUGGUGAUAAUCUUCGCAUGUUCGCGGAUGAGUGCAUAUGUUGCAAAGCACUUGGAGAACCGGCAAAAAAGCUGGAACGAGGCAACUCAAAGCCGUAUUGCCGCCACAACUUCAACUUUGGAAGGUAUCAAGAGCCUUAAGAUAAUGGGCAUGGAAGAUGCAAUCCGGUCACAGAUAUUGCAUUUGCGAAAUAACGAGAUUCAAAUAUCGAAGCCUUUCAGAUGGAUCCUAGUUGCCUACAAUGCAAGUGCAAAUGCACUUGGGAUUCUCGCCCCUGUGUUGACUCUAAUCCUCUUCGCUAUGUCUUCAAAAAACGAUCGAUUGCAGGCCGAUCAAAUAUUUACAUCUCUUGCGCUACUAGCCAUGGUAACUCACCCAGCUAACAUGGUCAUGACGCUCAUUCCACGGGCUAUUUCUGUAAUGUCAAACUUCGAUCGCAUACAAACUUAUAUCAGCCAGCCGUCUAUUCAAGACCAGCGGGAAUCCUCUCCACACGGUAGCAUUCAACAAUUGGCUAAAAUUCAAGACGUUUCAAUUCAACCUGCUUCAUUGGCCAAUCCUAUUAUUCAUGAUGUCUCUCAGUCUCUCGAUCGUGGCGAGAUUUUGAUUUGCGCUGGUGCUGUUGGGAGCGGCAAAACAACAUUAGCGAUGGCAAUUCUGGGAGAAGUAACUCCUAUCAAGGGCUCUAUAUCUGUAUCUUCAAAGAAUAUUGCAUACUGUGCCCAAGGUUCAUGGCUGCCUAGCGUUGCUAUUCGGGAAGCUAUAUCGGGGCAACCGCUCGACCUAGAUAUCGAAUGGUACAACACGGUGAUUGAAGCCUGUGGUUUACUGUCAGACUUCGACUCUUUUGUUGGUGGUGACAUGGCGCUGAUCGAGAACAAUGGGAUGAAUCUGUCCGGAGGGCAAAAACAGCGUAUAGCUCUGGCUCGCGCGGUCUACUCAAAAUACAAGAUGCUCAUUCUGGAUGAUCCGUUCAGUGCUCUCGACCCCGCUGUCACAAACCAUAUCGUGCAAAGGUUGUUGAGCCCGCGAGGUCUGUUUCGAAAAAUGGGGACAACAGUAUUUUUGAUCAGUAACUCCAAAGAGUUGUUCCCAAUUGCGGAUAGAGUGCUACUUCUGCAAGAUUCAAGACUACACCUUCAACCUCAGUCCCAUUUCCAAGACCCGAAAGCCUCUAUUGGGGUUUCUACAUUGUCAGAAAAUCCCUUUAGCAGUGCUCCACGCCACGAGAAGCCUAAGGUUGCCGCACUAAUUCGGAAGCUACACCUAAACGAUGCUGCGGACGAGAUCGCUCGGAGGACCGGUGAUCUUAAAAUCUAUGACUAUUACAUUAAUGCAAUUGGCCGAGCGAACUCUCUGCUUUUGAUUGCUUGUACUGCUGGUUUCGCGUUCGGUUCUACGUUCGCCCAGUAUGUGCUCAAAUGGGCGACAGAAUCACCCCGGGAAAAUUUAGCCUUCUACAUGUCUCUCUAUGCCGCAGUCUCCUCGAUCGCAUGGGCUUCAACUAGUGGGACGACGUGGUGCGCUCAAAUGAAAGUGGCUGUCAAGUCGGGGGCCGUUUUGCACGCGAACCUUCUUGAUCGGAUCCUCAAGGCCCCUCUGUCUUACUUCGGUGAAACUGAUCUUGGCGCUAUCGUGAACAGGUUUGGGCAGGACAUAAAUGUUGUCGAUAAGCAGCUCCCUCCGACACUGGGAAAUUUCAAUACCCAAAUUUUCAAACUGGCAAUGCAGUUGAUCCUGCUUUUGAAGAUCCGACCUGUGAUGACUCUCACUGUACCAAUCUGUGCCAUGUGCGUUUACUCCAUCCAACGAAUUUACCUUCGGACAUCUCGACAACUGCGCUUCCUUGAGUUGGAGUCACGAUCAUUAGUGUUCACUAAUUUCCUAGAUACGGCGAGUGGCAUCGUUACAAUCCGAGCAUUUGGUUGGAAAGAAAAGUUUGAGAACGAAAAUGUCAGAUCAUUAGACCUGUCUCAAAAGCCAUUCUAUAUUCUUCUCUGCCUCCAAUGCUGGCUGAAGAUGAUCAUGGAUUGUAUUAUUGCGAUUUUCGCAGUCAUUCUGAUUGCUUUCACCGUUCUAUAUCGGAAUACGACCACUGGUGCCGACCUUGGCGUGGCUCUAAACUUGCUUAUCGUUGCAAACACCACACUCCUACGACUUGUACAGUCGUGGACUUCUCUGGAAACUUCUCUGGGGUCCAUUGCUCGACUGAAGAGCAUACAAGACUGUGUUCCCAGUGAGGAUGACAUCGGGGGUAUUCUAGACCCUGACCUACAAUGGCCCUCUUCCGGGCAUUUGCAGGUCAAGGACAUCUCCGUCGCCUAUGCAAAAUCUGAGGCCCCUUCCCUGUCCAAUCUCUCUCUUACUGUCAACCCUGGACAGAACAUCAUUGUUAUAGGCCGAACAGGGAGUGGCAAAAGUACUUUGAUGCUCUCAUUGCUCCAGCUCCUCCAGCCUAAAAAGGGAUCCAUAUUAAUUGACGACAUCAAUAUUGGCCAUUUAUGCCCCAGAACUGUCCGAAACCGGGGGUUCAUUGCGGUGCCUCAAGAUGGUUUCAGCAUUCCCACGGCCAGUCUCCGGUUUAACCUAGAUCCCUACCACACAAGCUCGGAUCAAGAUAUAUUAUGGAGUCUCCAGAGGACAGGUCUUUGGGACAAGAUUUAUGCGACAACAAUCAUUUCAACAAGCGAAAAAGGAAACAUGAAUAAUGAUAUUCGGAAUUUACUAGAUCUUCCUAUGUCUUCAUUUCUGCCAUUCUCGUCCGGACAGUUACAGCUGUUUGCUCUAAGCCGGACACUGCUGCGAAUUCGAUCCUCUGCACCACACAAGCCCGUUAUCAUCUUAGAUGAAGCUAGCUCUUCCUUGGACUCGGAGACAGAGGCUGUUCUGACAGAUAUGCUUCGCCAUGAUCUCCAAGGUCACACUAUUGUUAUGAUUGCACAUCGUGUUGCGGGUCUCACGGGCGCUAUGAGACCUGGGGUGGAUGCAAUUGCCACUAUGCAAGAUGGAAAGUUGCAAACAGUACCUCUUAGGGAAUGA